AUGGACUCUAAACUUGCUGCUUUUCAAAAAAGCGACACGAAAAGGCUCUAUAGUCUCACGGAUCGUUUUUUCAAAGAUGGAGUUUUCAACUGCUACUUAACUUCGCAGCAGUUUAAUCUGCUUGAUCUGAUCUUACAUAGGUUCAGGGAUGCAAAAGCUCGGAUCAAACUGUGGGACGCUUUCAUCAACAACAACCUCUUUCUAGAAUUUGAGCAGGGACCUAGCCUAGCAGACAAAGAGAUCGAGGAUAUGUCUUCCACCGGGACAGAGGAAAUAUAUUUGAAACAAGGGACGAAGUCUACGAGGAACCUCUGCGCUACAAUACGAUAUCUGUUAUACGAAAAGGCUGUUGAUUACUACUUUGGCGACGAAAAGAUGCAAGAUACAAAGUUUGCCGCCUUUGAUAUUCUAGAAGAGAGCGACGACGAGGAGAACUUUGAGGAUGCCGAGGAGAAACCACUAUUUUCCCAAACCUCAUCAAAUAACGCUACAAGGAACGAAGAAGAUGACUAUGAUGAUGAGGAAGAGGACAAUGAAAAGCAACAAGAGCCGAAAGGCAGUCGAAAUGGGUCUGAGAGCGACGUUGUCGAAGUCAACGAUUCGACGGACAAAGACACAACAUUGAAAGUGAGUAGAUAUCGUGAGGUUCCAGAAGAAGGGGAGCUUGAAGAAAAUGAACAAGGCCAGCUCAAAUUUGUGGUCAACGCACAGCUCUUGCUUGCGCGGCCCGAAUUUCCAUCCACCGCCGAUUCUGUUAGUUCGGCUGACGAAGCUAUUGGUUCGAUGGUGCAUCCAAUUUUGGGUACAGCAUCUGCUAUUGAAUCGAAUUUUGAAAGACAAAACGAGCUUAAGCUUAUCAAAAAUUUCAACAAGGUGUACCACAGCUUUGAGAACGAUCUCCCCAAUAUCGUGAAACGACGGAAGCUUGAGCGCAGCGACAAAGCCCUUGAGCUUAACGACACGAAAGAUCAUGGUAGCAGUGAUAACGAAAAUGGGGGAAACGACAACGAGGACUCUCAACACGUCAACAAGUUGAUGGGGCUUGGCGGCGCUGCCAAUCUUUCGCUCAAAAACCUUCUUGCACGGAUUGAAGAGAAUCGCGAUAAAUUGAAUCUCACAGAUUUGGAGCUCAAAAACUUGAUCAUGGACGUGCGGAAGAAUCGCUCGAAAUGGGCGAGCUACAACCGGAUAGGCCAGGAAGAGCUUUACGAGGCCUGUGAAAAAGUUGUUUUGGAAUUGAGGGGCUACACGGAGCACUCUAUUGCUUUCUUGAACCGGGUGUCUAAAAGAGAGGCACCAAAUUAUUACCAAAUUAUCAAGAAGCCAAUGGACUUGAACACUGUGAUGAAAAAACUCAAGAAUUUUCAAUACAACAGCAAGACCGAAUUUGUUGACGAUUUGAUGCUGAUAUGGAAGAACUGUCUAACUUACAAUUCAGAUCCCAACCACUUUCUAAGGGCAGAUGCUAUUGCCAUGCAAAAAAAGACGCUGUCUUUGAUACCACUCAUUCCCGACAUUGUGAUCAGAGAUCGAGCAGAGGUGGAAAAAGAGGCAGCAGCAGCUGCACAGCAAAACGAAGCCGAUGACGCACAGGAGAAACCUGGUUUCAUUUCAAGCAGGGGUGUUGGCGGAUCAUCCACGAGCGCAAAAAAGUCUAAGAAAAGCAGAAAAGGAUUACAAGAGGCUGACCAUACCGAACCCAUUGCGGCUUCCGACUCGCCUAUGGGAGAUAGCGCUGGGAACAAAGACGCAAAUACUUCGGCUGCGGACCAAACGGCAGAGCAAAACGAAAACGAAUUUAUCCAGCCUCAGGGUGCCAGUAAUCCGUCAAUCGUGCAAUCAAAUGCUUCAACACCACUUGUUUCUGCAGCAAGUGAAGAAAAGACAGGAGACAGGGAAGGAACAGCGAAUCCCGAAGAUGAUGAUAACGAAGAUGAUGCAACAGCUAUGAUGGAAGACAGACAGGCACAGGAGCAACAGAAUGACAGAAACGAGGACGACGAUAACGAAGACCUGGAAAUGUCCACCUGGAGAACUCUUACUUCCAACACGCGAUAUAAAUUAUGCCAGCAGAGAUCCAAUUUGUUUAAGGGUGGAAAGAUCCAACCGAACGAAGAAGCAUUACUGAGAGACCCACUUCAAAUGUCCAACUUCAGCAACUAUCUUGACGACUCCUCCAAAGUUGUGCUCCACAGAAAUCGGCAGUAUUUUGACGAAAAUGAUGAUCCCUAUCUGAUUGAGUACGAUAUUGGCGGAGGUAUUCCAUCUCUGAAGUAUAAAGGGCCUGACUAUGAUGCUAUAGAAAACGAUAUUCUUUCCGAUAUGAUGAAACAAGGCAAGUCGUUGGAUCAGCUCCCGGAGUCGCAGUUUUCCAUAAAGAUGAAGGGGAGCAACUCAAUAAUAUACAAAAACAUUGCUUUGAUGCAGGAUAUCAGAAAAGUGUGUUUUAAGAUCAACAUUAUUCGGCAGAUGCAAACAUCGCAAUUCAUACACCAGUCUCAGUACCAUGCUCCUGAUAUAGAGCGAAUUAAACCUGAAGACAUUGACCCGCUGUCAAAGUUGCCUACGAGAGACCAGCUUGUGCCCCAGGUCGCUUAUGCCGCGCUCGAGCGGUCCGUGAGCACCAUCAUCAUGGCCAACGGUUUUGAGACCACAAACCCUACUUGCGUGACAACAGUCACUCAACUCGCGGAGCAGUAUUUUGGUAAUCUCGUCAAGUCGCUCAAAAUGACCAUGGAAUCCAACUCCAUCAACAAGCUUCCUUUAAAAAGCAAGAGGCCAAUGAGUUUAAAGGAUAUUCUUCUCAUUUCACUUCAGGAAAAUGGUAUUGAGAAACCUGACGUCCUGUAUUCUCAUUACAAGGAGCAUUUGACCAAGCAGAACAAGAAGCUGACUGACCUCAAGUACAAGCUUGAAGGGUUCCUUAGAGAUUUACUGCGGCCAGGAAUCCAAGAGAUAACCGAAAACCAGUUUACAGACGAUUCGGAACAAUUUCUCAAUGGUGAUUUCUCCAACGAGAUUGGGGAAGACUUCUUCGGCUUCAAGGAGCUCGGACUUGAUAAAGAGUUCAAUCUACUUACAUCCACUAUUCCUCUCCAUUUGCUUCACUCCAAACUGUCGAACCAACUCAGUCAUCUCGACUCUAAAUCGAAAAAAGCUAAGUACGAAGAUUUCCAAGAGGUCCAAUUCCCAAAGUUGCGCAAGCGGGACUUGUCGUCUCAAAUUGGUCUUUUAAAACCUUUCUACGAGGACCUGUUGUCCAAGUCCAGAGCAGCCUAUGCUAAACAGUUAAAGAAACAUAGACAAUCAUUGGGAAUUACUGAUCCAGAGGGUUUGCCUGCUGCUUCCAAUGGCACCCCGAAAGCCCCAGAAAGUGGUUCUGCUCCAAAUGGAGGCGAGCCGCCAUCCACUUUCGUGGAAAUCGAGGAUCCUGAGGAUUUGGUGAUUUUGGAGGACGACGACUUGCCAUUGAAACAGCGCAACCAUCGGCCGAAGGUUCCUCCGAACGGAAGAAUUACACAGGUAAAGCGUAAGCUUAUCAACAAUGCAUUUUUCCUGGACGCUCAAGAUUUAAGGGAGCAACAGCCACAAAUCAGCAUAACAGAUCCGCAAACGAGCAUAACUGAGAACACUCAGACCAAGGCAGGGAACCCAGAAAUCGCCAAGACCAACGAGGAGAUCCCGAAAGUCGAGCCAGCUGCUUAG